AUGGAUACCACUAGAGCCAGAGAUAUCAAAGACCCGGAGCUGCUCAAUCAGGUUGGAGAGGACUGGAAGGUCUUGUUCUUUGCAUGCAACGCCUUUCUCGAAGACUACAAGUUCUAUUGCAAAACGCUGAAGAAGUUGUUGAAGACUAUGAAACCCAAGUUGCCAGUCCCAGCGUACAGACAAGAUUGUCUUCUGGCAAUGGAGAUGUUGCAAAGCACGUUCCUUGAAGCUCUCGAAUUUAUCCAGCCCACAAAAGACAACAUGUACAGGAGCCUUGAACGAUACCAUGACGACAUUGAAGAGUUCUCCUUGCAAGUCCGCAUAGAUUAUGCCACCAAGGCGUAUGGCGCUGUCAGCCGAGAUCUCAGUAUAAUCAUUGACGCCAUGUUUGAGCGUAUGAACAUAUUAGAAAAGAAGCAGGAGCAGCUCACUAGGAUCUGGGACGACAUCAACGGGUCUUUUGUGCAGACUUGUCUACACGAGAUGAUGGCGGGUCAGGAGGAGGAGCUAAAGGAGUGGUGGUAUGAUACGGUCCUCAGCACAUAUGGAGAGCAUAUCAAAGUGACUCAUAAGACGAACCUCGGGGUUCAGUUGGAUCCGGCUGUGUCUAGACCGCCUCUGAAGCGUCACAUCCCAUCGGAGAUUGUAUCGUUCAUUUACUCGUUUGCGGACGUUGAAACGUGCGUCGCUCUGAGAGAGGUCAACACGCAGUGGUAUUCAAUUUUCCAGCAUCUCGACUCUUUCUUGAAGUCCAAGAUGAACAAUAGAAACCCCUGGAUGGUCCCUGGAGAUGGGGAUCUCAAGACAUGGCAGGAUGUGGCUUUGGUAUUCGUUAGACGCUUGGAAAGUGAAAAGUGGGUUGAAAAAGACAGAAUCGACAACGUGGAGGCAACAUCAAAUGGUCGGCCCAAGAAGACUGUGGUCGGUAAGAAGCUCAAGUUUGGCAAGAAGCUGCCUCCCACAUUUACCUCCAUGACCGACAGUUCAGCAUGUGAGAGCUUGGUGUGCGAGCACAUGCACAUUCUUUCUGGACCGGCAGGAGACGAAUUCCUCAUGGACCCCUGGACCUUGCAGUCUCGACAACACCCAGAAGAAUAUGAAUUUGUUUCGCAGAACUCUGAGGAAACCGUGAUCAAGCUCCAGGGUGUGGAAAUCACCAUCCCCUCGUUUGUGUUCAGACAACGAAUCAUUUUGGAUAUAUCAUUCCACCUGGGUCGUUCUACUGUCUAUGUUCAUCUUCAUGGUGGGGGGUGUCUCAUCAUGUCCCGUGAUAAGCCGCAUUAUGGCCAUGCGCUCACCAUCUUGGAGCCGUAUUCGGCAUACGACGCUGGAGAUGUGUCUGUUUCAAAACAGACGGAUGGGUACCACUUGGCUAACAUUGCGAACCAAAGCCUGGUCAAGUACACAAGCUCCACGUCGGCGGCUCCAGUGGCUUGCUACAAUGGAAUUGUCUGGCUGAAUCUACGAGAGAUGAAGUGCCUCGUUCCUACCUUCAUCGAUCUAAGCACGCCUGGUAAGGUGUAUUAUAGAGCAGACCGAAUCAUCACAGACACUGAGCUGAUGGAAAACAGAUGCUCACAGGGCUCCAAGUCACGGGAUGCGGCCCAAUUUCUCGUUGGAAUGACGGCCAGAGGUCUGGACGUUGUGGAUCUAGUUGAAGGCACCGUUACAGCUGUCUCUCGUCAUUAUGGUAAGCCCGAUCAAGCCCUGUGUUUUGUGGGCUUCAACCAGGGUCAGUUUCAGGCCUGGUGCAUGCAUCACAAAGAUUCCCAUCUAACCAGAGAGAGAAUUCUGGCUGAGAACGGUGUGGAGGACGACCAUGAGGACUAG